AUGGCAUCACGUGCACGGUCGCAUGGCAUCACAUGCAGCAGAGCCUCUCUGCAAACUUAUGCUGUGCUGCGUGCUGCUCCCCAUUUCCCUCUCCUCGGUAAAACAGGAGCUGGAGAAGGCAGCAGAGAUGGUGGCGGCGCGGUAGGAAGAGCAUGUGCAGCAGAGGGAGAAUAUGCGGCACCUGAGGGUAGCGGAGGAGGUCGGCUUGUGGCACAGGGAGCAUGUGCGGCAGGUGGUUUUGAGAAUUCUCAAAAACACGCUGCGAAUUCUCAUCAACAGGGAGCACGUGCGGAGUCAGGAGAGCCGGAGGAGAGGCGGCGGCAGCGCGGAGGAGAUGAAGGUGCAGAUGGCGGAGGGCACAACGCUGGUGGUGGGCCGCUACUCGUUCUCAGCAGUUUAGCCCCCCCCCCUCUCUUCUCUCACGCUGCCUCCCCGCCCCGCUCCCCCGCUGCCUCUCCCCCUCCCUUCGCUUCCCUGUUCGCCAGGGCAGAGAUGGAGGGUUUGAUGGGGGAGGGCACAACACUGGUGGUGGACCGCUACUCGUUCUCAGGCAUCGCAUUCUCAGCCGCCAAGGGCCUUGACGUGCAAUGGUGCAAGUCCACGGAGGUGGGCCUGCCAGCACCAGACAUUGUCAUCUACCUUCACAUUGAUCCACAGUAUGCUGCAGAGCGGGGUGGUUACGGUGGAGAGCGGUACGAGAAGGUGGAGUUCCAGCAGCGAGUGGGUCAGCAUUUCCAUGCACUGAAAGACGACACCUGGGUG